UAAUUCUUAAAAUAAGACCUGUCAUAUCAAACUCAACAAGUGAUCUAUUUUAGCCUGUUAAAUGUUAUGUGUGCCUGAAGGAUUAAGCUCUCACAUGCAUAGCAAAGUCUAAAUCGUGUUGCCUUUGCAUGGUCUAAAAAUGUCUUCGUCUCGUUUCAGGCGUCCCCUUUCAGAGGUUAAGGUUAGGGUUAAGGUGAGGGUUGGGUUUUAAAAACGAACCUAAAGGUAUAAAAAUGGCAGGUUAAGCAGCUUGGGCGUGAAAUCGGAUAUAAUUCUGUUUUGUUCUACCCUGUAAUGUGGUAAUUUAAUAGCAAUAACAGUCCACACAGACGGAUAGAAGUAUAUCUCUACAAUGAAAAAAGAGCCUAAAAUGUUUUCCAAAAUAGCCUAAAUUGUGUCUCUCUCUCUCAGUAUUUUUCCCUUCCCCAUACAGCCAAAAGCUCUACUUUAUAAACUCAUUGACUCUUAUAGCCCUCUACACAUUGAGGCGUAGGCUAUCUGUCAUUUUGUGCCAGUGGUCACAUGGCUUUUGGCCCUCAGGAAUGGAUAGAGAUGGAUCCCCCACGUCAGCUUUGCUUUGCACGUCUAAAGGAUUUCUUGCUCCACCAGUCUGCCUCUCAAAGUGACUGGAGCGCAUGCAGCGAACGCGGAGGAACUAUGUGCGCGUUAUUAUUAUUAUUAUAGGACGUUACGCGGUUUAUUAUAGGACGUUUUUCUCAAAACAGGCAGAAUAUGGAUUUUGAUGAGCGGAUCUCUGGCUCUAAUAUGUAUUUACCGAGUUGCACUUACUACGUCUCCGGAGCAGACUUCCCGGGUCUCCCUCACUAUUUAACCCAGAGCCAGUCCUCUUGUCCCAUGACAUACCCAUACCAGUCCUCAGUACCAGUGAGAGACGUGGCUUUCAGAGACUAUGGCAUUGAUGCGUCCAGUAAAUGGCACCACCACCACAGCAGGGGGAGCCUGUCACACUGCUAUCCGGAGGACAUGGUGCACAGGGACGGCUGGACGAGCCAGACCUCCAGGGGUGGAGGUGGAGGUGGAGGUGGAGGUGGAGAGAUCCUGGUGAAAGGAGGCUCAUCCAGCCACUCUAGCUCCUCCAACAACCCGACGACGCACGGCUUCUAUCACAGCAGCGUCGGUAGGAACGGCGUCUUGCCGCAGGCGUUCGACCAGUUCUUCGACACCGCGUACGGGAGCGCAGAGAGCGGCACGACUCAGACGGCACAAGCGGCAGACGUGGACAGACAUGCGGCCAAAACGAGCCCAGGUCCGGCAUGCUCGGACAUGGCUGAGAGCUGCAGUCCCAAGUCGUCCUCCGACCACAGUGAAGAGAAGCAGAGCAAAAGCAGCAGCAGUGGCCAGAGGACGCGCAAGAAGAGAUGUCCUUAUUCAAAGUAUCAGAUCAGAGAACUGGAGAGGGAAUUCUUUUUCAGCGUCUACAUCAACAAAGAGAAGCGGGUGCAGCUCUCGCGGAUGCUCAAUCUGACAGAUCGCCAGGUCAAAAUCUGGUUUCAGAACAGGAGGAUGAAGGAGAAGAAACUGAACAGAGACCGUUUACAGUACUACACCACAAACCCCCUGCUAUAAACACUGAACAAAGAGACUGUCACUGUGACAUCAAGACUCCACAUCUUCACAUCUAAGCCUUCACAUGUUACCUGGACAGGAUGGGUGGCGACUUUUUUUAAUAUGCCAGACUUCAUAAAGAAUUAUACUAUUUAUACACUAUUUUGUCAUUAAACACCGUUGGCUCAAUUAUUAUUAUUAUUAUUAUUAUUAUUAUUAUUAUAGGCCUGUUAUUCUGCUUGCCCGACCAAUAAGCAAUUUUCCCAAUUUUAAAGUUGCAUGGUUGCGUGUAUAGCGUUCUUACGCGGAAAGCUAGAUGUGUCUAAAUUAAUUUUGUAUUAUUUAAUAAUACAAAAUAUUAUGUAAUAAUACAAACGGAGAUUAUUGUGGACUUUUUUUAUUUUUUUUAUUUUUUCCUUAAAUUCUUUAGAAUAUAAAUUGUUUCCCCAAAUUUACGCACGCAACUUUUAUAUGGCCCGAAAUUUUGACAUCAAACUAUACUGUCCGUGUCUUUUCUCUUAAUAUUUUAACUUUAUAUUGUACAAAUACAAACUCCGGUGACUUUAAACCUGUUUUGUGUGUUUUGGCAUUACUAUAUCAGACCUCACCUGACACUAUUAACCCCCAAAUGACCGCUCAAUGUCGCAUAUUUAGAGAGUGAGUUAAGUUAUAAUCUGAUACACCAAUUCAUCCAUUUCAUAAAUCUGAUACUUAACAUCUGCGCUUGAACCCUUUUUGUUGAGCUCUUGUGGCCGUAAAGUUGGAUUAUUUCCGAACUUCAUCCAAAAGGCAAACCGCAGAUAAAAGCAAUGAAACACCAUCCAAAUUUUUAUUUUAUAUGCCAGCACGUGUAUCGUAUCAGAUGCAAUGAUAUGUAGGUCCGGUGCUUUUUAUUCCCUCAUGGCUGGGAAACGAGAUCCGCUGCAGUUAUUGUUUGAUAUCCAUUACAAAGGGUUCAUUCAGUUCUGGGGCUGAUUCCUGACAUAACAUGCCUGUUAGGGCUUAUACUGAAACAAUCUUUUUUUUUUUUCAAACAGAGUUUAUUUCUGAAUUUUGUUAAUACAACUCUGACAAUCCAUUACACAAACAUGUUUGGACUGAUAGAUAUCCCAUGACAAUACCCAGAGGGCACUCAAAAAAAACAAGUUUACAAAAAAAUAGAUAAAUAAAUAGAUAAAUAAAUAAAAUAAAAUAAAUAAUCAUGAUAAAUUGUUAGAGGUCUAGGACAGUACACCCUAUCAUGUAGGGCUAUCACCCUAUCAUCUUACUGAAACAAUCUUGACACUUGUGUGAAUGCAUAUAUGGGCUAUAAUAGAUGUUACAUGCCACACUAUACCAAAGAAUGUGAAUCUAUUUAUGUAAAGUCAGCUAAUCAUGGGAGUGACACUGGGGGUAAAUAAAGAACUCCAGAUCACUAUUACAACCAUCACUAUCUGUAUGUUCAUUAAUUUAUCAUCUGGAGAGGUUUAAUCCAAAUUGAAUUUGAAUUUAUUGAAAGGAUAGGAUAGCCCCUUGAGAUUUUGCAUCUCAUUUUCGAGGGGGUCCUAUAGACACAAAUACAAAAAAAACACAUACAGACAAAACAGCAUUACAUAAAAAACAUACACUGCAAAUACACAGAUACAGACAGCUUGCUCACCAUCUCCCACCCUGACCCCCUCAUCAGCCCUCUGCUGUUAUACUAGAAACAUUUGAUACAAUGACCAUAUUUAAAUCAAUUACAUCAGCAUAAAAGAACAAUUGCAACAGUUUGUCUUCAGGUUAUAUGUAUAGCACAAAUAAACUGAGGAUCACACACACACAAAUUAAAAAACAUGAACAGGUUGUUUUAAGAUGAGAAAAUAAAGAUGUACAUGAAGCAACGGAAAGAGGUAAUAGAUCUCAGAAAAAAGAGGAAGAUUAUUCCAGUCUGAUGGAGCUCUUUGUAUUGGAAUGACCUACGUCCAACUUCUUCACAUCAGUUUGAUGCUAAAUGUGAAUUUAGGCCACACAGUAAAAUAACAGUAAAGAUCUGGCAGCAGGGUUGUCUUUAUG